AAAAACAGUGAGAGGAUAACGCAAAAUUUCUUUUCAUUUUUCCGUUUUAUUUGCCGUUAAUUCCUUUGUUUUUUGUGCUCUUUCAACAUGGAAGAUUAUGAUUCUAUGCUAAUUGAGGAGAAACUACUUAACGGCGUUAAUAUCGGAGAAGAUCACGGCUGGCAAACGGUGUCGUAUCAGAAGAAAAACAAAAAGCAAUCACUGAAGAAGCAGCCGGAGGAUGACUGGAUCGCCGGCGUCGAGAGCUCCGGCGGUGAUGUUUUUCGAUCGAUCGAGGAACAUGCGGAGGAGAGACGGAAGCGAAUAGUUGAGGCUCAGAAGCUCUAUGAAGCUGAAAAUUCAACCGCCGUUAUUGAUAACGGUAACGGGGAGGAGUAUGGUAGCAGUGACGGUGAAAACGCCGCCGCUGUUAGUGGUGGUGCCGUCGUUGAGAAGAAGAGUAAACCGAAGAAGGCGAAGAAACCGAAGGUUACAGUUGCCGAAGCUGCUGCGAAGAUCGAUAACUCUGAUCUCGUUGUUUUUCUCGUUGAUAUAUCAGCGUCGUAUGAGAAGCAGGAAGAUAUACAGCUAAUGAGAUUUGCGGAUUACUUUGGACGUGCAUUUGCGAAAGUGAGUUCAUCACAGUUCCCUUGGAUGAAGAUUCUCAGGGAAUCCGCAGUUGAAAAAAUGGUUGAUAUCCCUCUUUCUCAAAUUUCUGAGGAUGUCUAUAAGACAUCGAUUGACUGGCUUAACCAGCGAUCGUUUGAUGCUCUUGGUUCCUUUGUGUUAUGGUCAUUGGAUAGCAUUCUUGCUGAUCUUGUACAGCACCAAGGAGCUUCAAAGGGAUCCAAAAAGGUGGUUCAGCAAGUACCUUCAAAAUCUCAGGUUGCCAUGUUUGUGGUUCUAGCAAUGGUAUUGCGACGGAAACCUGAUGUUUUAAUCAGUCUCUUGCCAAUAAUGAAUGAAAAUGCGAAAUACCAAGGACAAGAUAAGCUUCAAGUCAUGAUUUGGGCAAUCACUCAGGCUUGCCAAGGUGAUUUGAUCGUGGGAUUGUUCAUGUGGGUACAUUUUCUUUUACCAAUGUUAAGCAGUAAAUCGAACAGUAAUCCACAGGCGAGAGACUUAAUCUUACAGUUGGCUGAGAGAAUUGUAUCCUUGCCAAAAGCUCGUGCUAUCCUCAUGAAUGGUGCAGUGAGAAAGGGAGAACGCGUUGUGCCUCCAUCAGCUCUUGAGGUUUUGAUGAGGAUCACCUUCCCAUCACCUUCUGCUCGAAUCAAGGCCACUGAAAGGUUUGAAGCUGUGUAUCCCAUACUGAAAGAGGUCGCUCUUGUUGCUUCCCCUGGGAGCAAAGCAAUGAAGCAGAUAACACAGCAGAUAAUGCUUUUUGCUAUCAAAGCCGUUGCAGAAGGAGUCCCUGAGCUAACAAGGGAAGCUAGUGAGCUAUCUAUGUGGUGUUUGACUCAGAACCCUGACUGUUACAAACUGUGGGACAAUGUUUAUCUGGACAAUGUAGAAGCAAGUCUAAUAAUAAUAAAGAAGCUGUCUUCAGAGUUCAAGGUGCAUUCUGCCAAGGGACCUGGUCUUGAUCCCUUGAAGGUGGCCUUAAACAGUAUCCGACUUAAGAGUGAGAAGGCAUUGGCCAGUGUGGAUGAUGCUGCCCGUCAAGCAUCCUUGAAGGAAGUGCAGAAGCACAGCAAGAUUUUGCUCGGGCGCUUAUCCCAUGGCAACGGAUGCAUGAAAGCUCUCCUUCUUAUCGGUAUCACAGUGGCUGUGGGUGCUGCUUUUGUCUCAAAGGACUUGCAGUCCCUGGAUCUCAAGAA